AUGGAACUUACGUCCUUGCCUAAAUUCCUUUGGACAAGUGACAACAAACUUCUGCAUCACCAUUUUCCGGACGUAUUGGCUACUGUUCAUACCACACAAGACAUUCCCAAAGAAGCCAUUUUUGGACCAUGCAUGCUCCAGAACACCCUACUGGACACUGUAGCUUUUAUUGCUCUCAAAUGUUCUGACAGAAGGAACAUCCAUUAUGUAUUUAAGGUAGAUGUUACAUCUGUGCACAGUCCCACAGGACUGCCUUGGAUGAGACUUGUUCAAGCAGCUGCCAAUAGCAAGGAGCAGAACUUGGAAGCCUACCUAAAAAAUACCCAGUUAUAUUAUCGCUCCACCAGGAAAAUCAACAAAAAUGAGGAGCUCCUCGUCUGGUAUGAUGAGGAGCUUUCCAGCCUCCUGGGUUUCAAUGAGAUAAAAGCACAGAGUCCCCAAAAUGAGUUGAGAUGCCAAGAAUGCAACCGAGUCUUUAAAUGUGAGCAUUCCUAUCUCUCCCAUGUCCGCUUCCUGUCCUGGCAAGGGACCUAG